AUGGAGCAACUGACCGUAGAUGGGAAGCAGCCCCUUGGUAGUACCAACUGCUCCAGAAGAGUUAUAGAGAUCAAACAGCACAUUCUUAUCCGUCUUCUGAGGACCAUGGAGGCGACGGCCUCCUUCUUCAGGAAGUCCAAGAAUAGAGGCAAACCGGCGCAAGGUUGCCCUACAAGUGUGAACACUACCUACGACUCCGAUUUCUGUGGUUUAGCUGAUGAGGGUGGCAGGACUGUGACUUGCAAGCAUGGUGUUGUAGUUGCUCGAUUUGUAGCAUUUGAUGGUUGCUGGACAUGGAGGAGGUUCUUAGGGUGUGCAGGCCAUGAUGGAGAACCAGCUUGUGAUUUUCUUCUUUGGGUAGAUGGUGAGUGGCCACUUGCACUUCAGAAAGCAUUGUCAAAGUUGUGGGAUUUGUAUGGACAAGAAAAGGAAGGUAGGGUUAAUGAUGCUCUGGAUAACAUGGAGAAGAGGUUUAAGCUGAAAGAUGAGAUUGAAAAGAUGCACAUUGACCUGAGGAGUUCUCAAGAAGAGAUAAAGAAAAUUGUGGAGGAGAAGCAAGUCAUACUAGCCUUGAAGGCCCAAGAUGAGCAAGGAUUGAUUGAUGCCAGGGCUGAGUUAGAGCAGAAGAAGGCAGUGGAUGCAUCAACCAGCAAUAUGAAAAAUGCAUGA